ACCACUGUAGCUGCUCUAUGUGCUAUGAUGGAAACACUUCGAAGUUUCAGUUCGGAUUGAGAAAUAUCAACUUGAUUCGUUUCCACUGAAGGCAACGGGAUAAAAUAUUGACACGUCAAAAUACAUCGCAGUCGGGCUUUAAUUGCGUUUAUUUCAUUGCAUUGGGCGACGUUGUGAGACAUUUUGAGCCAUUCAUUCCAAAGUCCUCUUUACAGUAUGAGGUGCAGUUAUGGCAAGCAGUAGUAAGAAGUCAGUGGCGAGGACCCUGGAGGAUCUGACGCUUGAUUCGGGUUAUGGUGGAGCAGCGGACUCCUUUAGGUCUUCCAGUGCUUCACUGUGCUGUUCCGAGGCACAUAUACCUUAUGCGCAUGGGGGGAAUUUUUGGCAUUUAACCGACUCCAUGCACAGUCGCCACAACAGCCUGGACACGGUCAACACAGUCUUGGUCGAAGACUCCGAUAUCCUGGAUUGCUCCGGCCAGUGCGCUAAACUACCCGAGCUCGAGGACGUGCCAUGGAGCCUCGGGGAAGUAGAGAGCGCACUGAACAAGGACGAAGAGUUGAGGCUGGGGGUCGUGUCACAGGAGAUCCUGGCUAGGCUCUCGGUCCUCAUAAGCCGCGCACUCGUGAGGGUCGCCAAGGAAGCGCAGCGCCUGAGUUUGCGCUAUGCCAAAUGCACCAAAUACGAGAUUCAGAGUGCCAUAAAGGUUGUCAUGUCUUGGACAGUCUCUGUGAACUGCAUCACCGCCGCACUCAGUGCCUUGUCUAUGUACAACAUGAGCACCGAGGACAAGUUCAGCCGCGGAAAGUCACUCAGAUGCGGACUCAUUUUCAACGUGGGGAAGUUCUUCAGGUGGAUGGUGGACAGCCGAGUUGCGGUGAGGAUCCACGAGCACGCUGCCAUCUACCUAACAGCGUGCAUGGAGAGUCUUUUCCGAGAGGUGUACGCACGCGCACUGCGCAGCGCACUUGUGGAGAAAGAUAAUGGGAUCCCUAAGUUCACUGUUGAGUCCCUCGAACAGGCCAUCAACAACGAUUCGGAGUUAUGGGGGUUCCUGCAGCAGUAUCAAUACCUCAUUUGUGGGAAGAAUGCAAGUGGUGUGCUCAGCCUACCAGAGAGCCUGACUCUGCAUCGGGAUCAGCAGCGGUCAGGGAAAAGUGGGGAGGGCCACUCCUACAGUCAGUCGGAGCUGCGCUCCAUCGAGCAGUGCCUGCUAGCCACACGGGUGGGCAGCAUCUCAGAACUCAGUGACCUGGUCUCCCGGGCCAUGCACCACCUGCAGCCGCUUCAUGUGAAGAACCAUAGCAACGGGACGCCCAUUCACCAGAAGAGCAGCCCAGUACACUGGGAGCCUGAGGCGCUCUACACUCUCUGCUACUUCAUGCACUGUCCCCAGGUGGAAUGGGAGAACCCCAACGUAGAACCCUCUAAGGUUACCCUGCAGACAGAGAGGCCGUUCCUGGUUCUACCUCCUCUGAUGGAGUGGCUCAGGGUGUCGGUGGCCCACGCAGAGCACCGCCGUAGCUUCUCAGUGGACAGUGACGACGUCCGGCAGGCCGCCAGGCUGCUGCUGCCAGGGGUGGACUGUGAACCACGCCAGCUCAAGACAGAUGACUUCUGUGCAUCCAGGAAGUUGGAUGCAGCAUCCACAGAGGCUAAGUUCCUCCAGGACCUGGGAUUCCGUAUGCUCAACUGUGGCCGGACCGACCUGGUCAAACAGGCUGUCAAUUUGCUGGGGCCUGACGGCAUCAACAGCAUGAGUGAACAGGGAAUGACCCCUCUGAUGUACUCCUGUGUGAGAGGGGAUGAAGCAAUGGUCCAGAUGCUGCUGGACGCUGGAGCUGACAUCAACAGUGAGGUGCCAAACACAGUGCACAAGUACCCCUCAGUCAACCCCGAAACGCGCCUGGGGACACCACUCACUUUCGCCGUGUUACACGGACAUGUCCCUGUCGUGCAGCUGCUCCUGGAUGCCCGGGCCAACGUAGAGGGCUCCCUACAGGACGGUAUGGAGAACUACACAGAGACCCCGCUACAGCUUGCCUCCGCUGCAGGUAACUUUGAGCUGGUCAGUUUGCUGUUGGAGAGAGGAGCAGACCCCAUGGUGGGAACCGUGUAUCGUAACGGUAUCUCUACUGCCCCUCAUGGAGACAUGAACUCCUACAGUUUAGCAGCAGCACAUGGACACAGGAAUGUGUUCCGCAAGCUGCUGUCCCAGACGGAGAAGGGGAAAGGGGAUGUGCUGUCCCUGGAGGAGAUCCUUGCCGAGGGGACAGAGGAAGAAAGGGGCCUGGAGGAGAGGAACCCCUCCCAGCUGGACCUGGUCCGGACAGGCAAGGCCAAGCUCAAGGCUCUGAGAGAGGCCAUGUACCACAGCUCUGAACACGGACAUGUGGAUAUCACCAUCGACAUACGCAGCCUAGGGGUCCCCUGGACGCUGCACACCUGGCUGGAGUCUCUGCGUACGUGUUUCCUGCAGCAUCGGAGACCACUGAUCCAGGGCCUGCUCAAGGAGUUCAGCUGUAUUGAGGAGGAGGAGUACACACAGGAGCUCAUCACCCACGGCCUGCCACUCUUGUUUCAGAUCCUACGAGCCAGCAAGAAUGAGGUGAUCAGCCAGCAGCUGUCUCUGAUCUUCACCCAGUGCUACGGGCCGUACCCCAUCCCCAAACUCUCCGAGAUCAAGAGGAAACAGACCUCACGCCUGGAUCCUCAUUUCCUAAACAACCAGGAGAUGUCAGAUGUGACCUUCUUGGUGGAGGGGAAGCCAUUCUACGCCCACAAAGUCCUGCUCUUCACAGCCUCUGGCAGGUUUAAGUCUCUACUGGCGAACAGACCAGCUGCUGAAAACACAUGUAUUGAAAUCAGCCACGUCAAAUACAACAUAUUCCUGCUGGUGAUGCAAUACCUCUACUGUGGUGGGACGGAGCAUCUGCACAUCAGAAACACAGAGGUUAUGGAGCUGCUGUCAGCGGCCAAGUUCUUCCAGCUGGAGGCGCUGCAGAGGCACUGUGAGAUCAUCUGCUCUAAGAACAUCAACACAGAAACCUGUGUGGAGAUCUACAGCCACACCAAGUUCCUGGAUGUCCCAGAUUUGGCUGUCUACAUCGAGGGCUACUUCCUGAAAAACAUGGUGGUGCUGAUUGAGCUGGAGCCCUUCAAAACACUGCUGUACGACACGCCUCCAGACAGUCCCGCCACCGAUGUACUCCUGGACCUGGAGAAGACCCUGGGCAUCCGCAUCCAGUCCAUCCACCUGUCCUCCUCCAAGGGCUCCAUUGUCUGAUUGGUUGAUUUAUUGAGCUGCUAAUGGGACUGGAACUGUCUGUCUGUCACCAUUGACCCCAGUUCAACACAUAGCUGUACUGAACCACACUCAACAGUGACACUUUUAAAUUGCUUGCUGUGCUAACACGCCAUUGCCAUUCUCCUGCAGCCUACUGAGCUUCGGGCCGAGCACUUAGGCAAAUGGACAGCGCUGGAACCCCAGAUAUUGUGAAAAGGAGAUUUUCAUAGGGCUGAAGUAAAGCUGACUCAUCACAGCAAUAGUGGGACUAUAUCGCUGAGAGGCAGGCAGGGAGGGAUGUGUGUGUGUGUGUGUGUGUGUGUGUGUGUGUGUGUGUGUGUGUGUGUGUGUGUGUGUGUGUGUGUGUGUGUGUGUGUGUGUGUGUGUGUGUGUGUGUGUGUGUGUGUGUGUGUGUGUGUGUGUGUGUGUGUGUGUGUGUGUGUGUGUGUGUGUGUGUGUGUGUGUGUCUGGAAUCAUUCAUAAAGCCCCAGUCAACAUUACUUCGCUCCUUGACAUUAGUCUCCAGACUGCAGUCAGACCUGCCAUUACUCCACGUGUCUACUGGGCAGAAUCAUUGUUGGUACUUUUCUCAGCAUGGUUCUGCAAUCCUACAUAGCUUUAUAGUCUAUUUAUAACUGGGCCUAGCCAAACUUAACAUAAGAGCAGACCUGAGUUCAAUAUUAUUUCAAAUAAAAUACUUUUAGCAUUUGCUCUAGUCUGCCCGGGGUGUCAGAUUGGUGCAGUUUGCACUUUUGUGACUAUUCUAUUGGUUCCAUUGUGCCAGGCAAGCUCAAUCACGCCUAGAUAAAGUAUUUAACAUGAUUUCAAAUAGUAUUUGAACCCUGGUCUGCUACAUGUAAGAGUGAUAUGUGGAUAUACUGUAUGUCAUGUGGUAGUAUGUUUUAAGGGAGUCAUGCAAAGGAGAGAGGUAUUGGGAAAUUCUUCAAGCUACGUUUGUGAAAGCUGGAGAACAGAAAACACAUUUCCUUCCUUCAUCCGCUGUUAGAACUGUGUAAAUAUUGUGAAUAAAACACAGAGCUUUGGCUCCUCUUGUAAGUUAAUGUAUAUAUCCUACAGAUGUUUCUUCUUCUCAUGCGUCUACUCAUUGGAUAUGGCUUUAUAAAAUGUUGUUCUUUUCAAUGUGUUAUCGUUCUGUAUGUUUCAAGUUGCAUGUCAUGAGAAUGACUGUUUUGCUUGUGUUCAGUUUGGUUUAAGAGUGGCAUGAGACUUUAAGAGAGGAAGCAGGAACGGUAUUGAGGAGCGAUAUUGUCAGCAUGUGUCUCUAAAUGUGUAGACGUGUACUGCUGUCUUCAUUUCAGGAGAGAACGGUUAUGGACCUGUAUUCAAAUAGCGUCUCUGAGUGGGAGUGCUGGUCUAGAAUCAGGUCCCCCUGUCUAUAAUCACAUUCAUUAUGAUCUUAAAGGAUAAAACUGAUCCAGCACGCCUACUCUGAGACACUUUAUGGAUAGAGGCCUAGUUCUAAAGAUGAUCAGGGUCUAUCCUAAACCGGAGAAGCGUCAUCUGUUGUGUUUUCCAGACAUUGUGAAACUACAUGUAAAUGUGUGACUUAAUAUCCGUUUCCUCCAUAAAGAUUAAUAUAAAGAAUGAUAUGAAUCCUC